AUGGCGCUACAGGCCGCCGCCCAGGACCGCCGGCGGUGGGUCGAAUCCGGGCUUCCUGCCCAGGACCCAGCAGGCCGUGCUCCUCCUAGGACCCCACCCAGCCUCGCCAUCCGGGGCUCCCGGUCUGGGACCCCUAGCCUGGACUUGAGCUGGCAGCCCCUGCCCUGGAGGCUGCCCACUCUCCCUGAACCAGUCAGCUCGCUGCCCAUAGGCGAGGGCCAGAGGCCAGCGCGUGAGGCUAUGAAGCUGCGGGCCCAACGGGAGCGGGAGAUCCGAUGCCCCCCCUGCCCCCCCUCACCUCCUCGUGAUAUCUGGGACGUGUGGCCGUGCCUGGCUCCCUACGACCCCGUUCGUUCGGACGGGGCUCUGCCCAGGUGCCGCGCUGGCUCGGCGCCAGAGCAGCCCAACCGCGAGGACGGCCUCCCGCGGAGAAGCACCGGAAGUCUUGACUCCCUUGCGGCCCAAGAGAGGGGAACUGGGCCCGUCACCAGUCCCGUGGAUAUCGAGAAGGCGCUCGCCGAGUUGCGGAUCCUUCCGCUCCUCUCUCCUCUCAGCGAAGACGAAAGCCCGGGGGGUCCCAGGACGCCCAAAGCGACCGGAGCCGUCCAGGCAGGUAAGGCUCGCGAAGCGUGCACCCCGGGGCAGGGUGCCGCUGGUUUGCUCCCGGGGUCUCGAGGUCCUGAGCGCGCUUUGGCCGCGACGCGGCCUGCCUCGACCUCGGUGGACCAGGCCAAUGGGCUGAGGGAGUUGCGCACUGCUCCGCGCCGACCCCCUCCGAGGGGAGGCGCGGUUCCCGAGUGUCCCAGGGGGACGGACGUCAAGCCCUCCACGGACGCAGAUGGCUAUCAGGCUCAUGCGAUGCAUGAAACAAGAAGCUCUACCCGGGACAAGAGAGCCGAGAGUCUUGGGCAGGCCCAGCACAGCCCUCUCGGCGCCAACCGGGACACCAAGGGCCCUCUCCAGAGCGAGGACGAGCGCCCAGGGAAGGAAGCCACGGGAGGUCGUACUAGAGCAAAUCGUCCCAAGGGAAGCUGGGGUUGGAGCCACGUCUGGGCCCCCAGGGAUGGAAAUGCAGACGGCUGCCGUCCGAGCCCCGAAGAGGGCAACGAGCCUCCUCUGUUGGACCGCCCUGUUGAAGAGAAGGGGAAAUGGAGGCGGCCUUGGCGCAAACGGAGCAGAAGCCGGGAGGAGCUCAGCCCGCAACCGGGGAAAAGGGCCCGGGGCCCGUUGGCCUCCCGCCCCCAAAGGUCCCUGGAGGUUAGCCCCGGUGUGGCAUCGACGGGCCUCGGUCCCUGUGACCUGGCUGCUUUCCGUGGCGGCCGCGGCGGCUCGGGCGGCACACGCCCCCCUCGCCAGACCCCACGGCUCCAGGUACGGAGCCCCGAAGCUGCAGCCCCCGGGAAGGACUCAGGACAGCCCGCAGCCCCGGAGGUCCGGUUCGAGAAGCCUGACGGGAGCGACGAGGCCCAACGAUCACCGCCCACUCGGAAGAGCAAGCAUUCCAGGUUAGCCCUUCGCUGCCCUUUGCCGGCCGCAGGUCGGCCGCCCCUAUUGCCAGCGCCUCGGGCUCCACCACAGCCACCGGCCGGACCCCUUUCGGCCGAACCCGCCCCCUUGCCAGGCCCUAGGUCCCAUGCGCAGCCCCGGCUUCCGCCCCCUCCCCAGCUCCCCCUUCCCAGCUCCCGGCCCAGAGCCCCUGUUCCGAUCGAUUUCAGCAGCCAGCCCCUGCCCUGGAGGCUGCCCACCGUCCCUGGCCCUGUGAGGUCACUGCCCAUUCCCAAGGAUCUGAGGCCAGUCCGCGAGGCCAUGAAGCGCCGGGCCCAGAGGGCCCGGGAGAUCCCAUGGCCCCCCUCACCUCCUCGUGAUAUCUGGGAUGUGUCCAGGCGCCGGCCUUCCGACCACCGUUUUCCAUCCAGGGGCGCUCUGCCCGGGAACCCAGGUAGGCUCGGGGGCGCACCGGUGCGAAGCCGAAAGCGGAGCAGCCGCCACAUGGCUCUGAAGACCUGUCCUGGGACCUGCAUCCGGUCGGCAGGAUGCCGGGAGAGCCGAGGCCCGGGCAGUGGCGGCUCGGAAGGCCCGUUCGGAGGGGGGCUUCCUAAGGAGCGGGACUGUGCGGAGAAGCCAGCAGGGGCGAGCCGGAGGGGUCUGAGCCUAGAAUUGGGGAGCGGCAGGGGGUUUCUGGAUUCUGGUGCUGUGGCAGCCGGCUCGCAGAAGCAACCUCAAUUGUUUGACUUGCUUAUCUUUCCGGCAGAGAAUUCUCCAGGUUCUGGCGAGAGCGACCAGUGGCACUACCCAGACGGAAAGGCUCCAGCGGAGCGGGCAGGGGUGGCUGCCGCCCUCAGUCUCCAGCGGAGAAGAAAGGCCCGGCAGGCUGUGGAGCAAUAG